AUGAUGGAGCGACCCUUGAGAGUCCCAGAGCAGGAGAAUGACGGCGGAGCUUGCUGGGCAUGUCUCCAGCACAAGAGGGCUUGUGAUCGUGCACUUCCAUGGUGCAAUGUUUGCAGUGAACAGGGCAUUAAAUGCACUGGCUACGAGGUCAGAUUAUCAUGGCCAGACGACAUCAUCGCCAAGAAGAGGCAGCGAUCCGAUCAAAUCCAUCACCGACGACAGUCAACAUCCAAGUCUACUCACCAAUCUCCAUCCUCCACUACUAGCUCUACACAUUCUACUAAGAGGGCGAUGCCCUCCGUGAUCUCUGCUUUGAACCUACCCGCCGAGCAGAGCUUUUACAUGCAACAUUUCCUCCAGAACAUCGCCAGAAUCGCCCUAGCAAUAGACCAUCAGGGAAAUGGCUAUCGAUCAUUGCUGCCCAUGGCGCUUGCGGAGCCUGCGGUAUUAAACGCAGCGCUGGCCGUCGCGGCGUCGCAUCACAGUCGCUGGCAACACACUGGCGAUGAUGUAUCACGCAAAUACCUGGGGCUGGCUUGCAAGGCGCUUCGAAAUAGGUUCAUUGAUCCAAAACUAAGAAACAGCCCCGUCACUCUGGCUUCUAUGCUACUGCUGGUAUCAUACGAGGUGUUUUCUGGUUCCUCUCGCUGGAAGGGCCAUUACGAUGCAAUUCGAGGCUGGAUACGAGGUCGACAAAGCAGCAAAGAUCUCGACUCGUUUCUUAUGAAUUGGGUGUGCCUCAUCGACACCCAGAGCGCGUUGAAUCUCGGCACUUCGACCAUGCCCGAGCUUGAUGAGUGGAUGAGCGCCGCCCCAAAUAAUCAAGGCUAUACCGUUGAUUCUCUCUUUGGUUGCUCAUCGCAGCUACCGAAGCUCAUGUCAGCAGCCUCCCGGUUGUACGUGGCAUCGAAACAGGAUCUAGUCGACGAGGAUGACAUACGCUACCAGGCAGAUGACCUACAAAAACGCAUUCGAUCGACCCAGCUACCGGAAGAUUCUCCAAUCAAGGUGGGACUUGCUUGCACAAAUGCCUCGCAUGAGUUCUCUACGACUGUCGGGAUGGAAAGGGACGAGCUGCGUCGUCGUGCCACAGCGACGGCCGAGAUCUUCCGACACGCGUCUCAUAUCUACGUUUAUCGCAUUUCACAUGGCCCGAUGGAGCCGCUAUCUCCCGAGGCACAAGAAUCACUAGAGACUGCCUUGACCCUGCUCACACGUGUGCCAGAUGCGCUUGGGCCUGGGGCGAACCUUGGCUGGUGUCUGGUAGUGCUGGGUGCUGAGUUGGACCUGGAGGAGCAGCGGGAAUACAUCAACUCACGGUGGGCAGGGAUGCAUCUUCUCGGCAUCUACAACACGAAGAAUGGACAAAGCAUUCUCAAUGAAGUAUGGAAUAGGCGGGACCUGGUAAGUUCUGGGUUUGCAGAUCCAGAGCGAUGGCAGGACACGAUGCAGAGGAUAGGACAGUCACAAAUAUUGGUUUGA